AUGGCCGACGAACUGCCCGAUUUACCUUGGGCUGACCUUGCUGCCAAAUUCACCUUCAUCUACGCCAAGCCCAAUGCCACGGACCACAAAGACCUCUUCCCCCGCCUAGAGCCCGAGCCGGCCCUGGUGGCGGGCAUCAACGACUUCAUCCGCGUCUUCACAGAAGCCAUAGCCAGGCACUCCGCCCGCGAACGCAGCAAAUACGCAACAGAAUACACAAGCCCACUCCACGACGAGAUUCUAGUCGACGAUGAGAUGGUCAGGGAAAUCAGCCCACUCUUCGGCCGGCUGCCUGAGUAUGAGCACCUCAUCAAAAACCCCAGCUGUCGCCACCGCCCCGAUCCGCCGUGCAAAUGUCUCGUUCCCUACAGAGAGCGCCGGGCAGAUGGCCUUCUACGGCAAUGGGAGGUGGACCACUGCUAUGAGUUUGAACAGGUUAAUGGCGCCGGCUGGAAAAGCUGGCAGUUCCUACUGACGCUGCUCAUCCACGGCAAAAUGGAGCCACUGCUCCGCCUUGCUGCAAAUCCUGACAACGACUUUAACAUAUGGUCGACGCUACCCUACCUCUCUCAUCUGUACUUCCUCGGCUUUCCAGAACGCCCGGCGGGCCUGGCUCCGUACACGCGGAUUCCCCAGCGCGAUGUGUUCAACGUCGAAAACAUGCCGCAUGAUGGUGAUAUCCUCCCCGUAGAGGAAAUGCUGAAGAAAAGAGGGCUGCCGACGGAGCUCGUCGCGGAGGUCAUGGAUUUGGCUGAUUACAAGCCGCGGCGAAGACUCAAAGUCGCACACGAUCCAUUUCAUCGCGAUAAUCGGGAGGAGCUGGACAAGUACUUGGCGGAGUGUUGGGCAGUGAUGGUGCGAGGGGACGUGUUCGCAAAGGCUUUUGACUGCGAGAUGAACUGGAGCAGUGAUUUGGUGAAGGCAUUUAAGCAGCUUUUCCCCGAUAUUCGCUCGAUACGGGUUCCUGAGACGGUACGGUCAGACGACGCCUACGUUUCCGUCAUUGAUAGGCUGGUUUGCAGAUCAAAUUUCGAGUGA